GGGCGAGGAGGAGGCCACAAGAUGGUCGCCGGGCAGUGGUGGGGCUGCGUCACCUCCUUCCUCCGAGUCCCCAGCCAAUAUUUUCGGCCAAUGAGUUUAUUUCUGGGCAAAAUAUGACGAUUAUUCAAGUCGUGAUCUACACAAUGCAGGGAUUAGCAGUGACAUUAAUGAACUGAAUACCAUACCAACCCUAAAGGAAUCCUCAGGUGUGUGGCCAGCAGGUGUGGUGUCGUGGUGGCAGGGGUGGAGGAAGUGACCCUGGAGUCAACACGCACAGUGGUGGUGGCGCCACCUUCACCCACCUCAGAGAUGUCAGGGGAUCACAAAAAGGUGAUCAAGGGGAGUCCAUCACAGUAUGUGAAACUCAAUGUUGGUGGCUCCCUCCACUACACCACCAUUGGCACCCUCACCAAGCAUGACAACAUGCUGAGGGCCAUGUUCUCUGGCCGCAUGGAGGUCUUAACGGACUCUGAGGGGUGGAUCCUGAUUGAUCGCUGUGGGAAACAUUUUGGCACUAUCCUUAACUACCUGCGCGAUGAGUGGAUCCCCAUCCCUGAGAACCAGCGAGAGUUACAGGAGCUUCUAGCUGAGGCAAGGUACUAUUGCAUGAGUGACCUGGUGGAGGUGUGUGAAGGGGCAGUGAGACAACGUGAACCUGAGAAGGACCCAGUUUGUCGUGUGCCACUCAUUACCUCGCAGAGGGAGGAACAGAUGCUCAUUCAGUCCACCAGUAAACCUGUGGUGAAGCUGCUGGUGAAUAGACACAACAAUAAGUACUCCUACACAAGCACAUCAGAUGACAACUUGCUGAAGAACAUUGAGCUUUUUGACCGGCUGUCCCUGAGGUUCAGUCGGAGAGUUCUGUUUAUUAAAGAUGUAAUUGGCUCCAAUGAGAUAUGUUUGUGGGCAUUCUAUGGGCAUGGCAAGAAGCUGGCUGAGGUUUGCUGCACUUCCAUAGUCUAUGCUACAGACAGGAAACACACAAAGGUGGAAUUUCCUGAAGCCAGAAUAUAUGAAGAGACCCUCAAUGUAUUACUGUAUGAAAAUCGAACAGGCCCUGAUGCAGAAUUGAUGCAAGCAACCUCCACGAGAGGAGCAGUGGCACCUGUUGUCUGCACCUCUGAUGAUGAAGAAGAACGGCGGGGAGGUGCAUGCUCUCAGUCUGGCCUUGGGCGGUUACGUUCUAACAAGAAUAACUAGUUGGUUACAUGAUAGUCAGGGAGUGAAAGUGGGAUCACCACAUCACAUUUGGAUCUGUUUUCAGGUGACAAGUUGAGGUCUGUCUUAUCUCCAGGGGCCUUGCUCAAGCCAAUUUCCUAGAAGUUGCCUAUGAUUGUGGGAACUUAUUCAGCUGACAUAGGAUUUGUAUUUGGCUGUGGAGACUCUCUGACAAUAAUUGUCAUAAGUUGUAGUGUGUGAGCUCACAUAGUUGUUAUUCAUGAGUCUUUGCCCCUGAGGCCUGUGAAUGGAUGCCAAGUGAUAGUGACUUGGCUUGUUUUCUCCAGAACAGACAUGGGGGAACACCAAUUAAUUGGUGUCUUGACUGUGAUUCCCAGACUAUGGAUGAAUUUAGAUGGCAUUGUCUUGUUCCACCCUCAAUUACUAAGGUCAUUGUUAUACAGAGGUAAUUUUGUUUGCUAGGUGCUUUGUAUUGUGUUUUAUAUAUUUUUUUUUUAUCAGAUAGGGAGAGAUGGGCUAAGCUGUUGAUGGGCUCUGCUUGGCUGCUUCCUCUCAGCAUUUCCUUUUGAGCUUUGAGCAUUUGUUAUGUUCUUGGCAAAUAGAGGGUCUAGUGAGGGACUUGCCUGAUUAUUUUCCAAGAAGCACUUCUGUGAUGAAUGUAAUUUAAAAUAUAUUCAGGGAAAUUGCAUUGUCAAGAGUUUGUGCAUGAUACUAAUGACUGAAGGAUUGAUGUUACCUAAACAACCCCAGUAAUGUUGCCAUACUGGGAAAUGUUAUAUAUGUAGGCUACAUAUUGUAGGUAUGAAGCAUUCAUUGUUACUCCCAGAUACUGUCCUCAAUUUCUGUGUUAGUGUCCUGUCAGAGGGGCCACACAGUCAUAGGUUUUUAUUUGUUGAAGAUAAAUUUUGAGAAAGGUGCAUUGUGAUUAUCAUUAUUUGUAUGAGAGUUUCUUAGUGUGAAUGUUUGGUUUGUGAGGCAAUUUUUUGAUAUAAAAAAGAUGUUAUGAAUGCUUAGAUUGAUGAUGGGAUACUUUCUAGCAGGUUCAGGUGUGAGGCAUUAGGGUAGGCCAGCUAGCAGAUUGUGUAGAAUUUAUUUAUUUACCUACUCUCUUUUUUUAUUAUACAGUCAUGGCUUCAGGAAAGUAUCUGUAUGGGAUGGCAUAUGCCACCUACCAUUCCAUCAGUCUGUCAGCUUUGUUCACAACCUGCCAUUCUCCUUACUCCCAGUUUCCCUUUUCUACCUGUCAUUGCAUUUCCUCUUCCAUAUCUGUGCACUCCUUCCUCACCUCAACUGCAUAGAUACUUCUCCAAGACAAACUGUACCUCACCAGUUGAAGAAGAAAAAUGUAUAAAGUGAGACAGUUCACAUCAUACAAAUAUUGUGUAAAUGGUAAUCUCAUUAGAUCUGUUAGGUUCAUGGGGAAAAACUCAUAGUGAUAGAUUCCUGAGCAUUUGGUUUGAUACUGAAAAAAAAAAUCCCUGCAUUCAGAGUAGCUUCCUGGGUUGAACAACUGACUUGGUGUGUAUGCAUGUGACUGAAGCAAGAUUGUAACUAGGACCAGAUCCAUGGAUAAUGCAUAUUGGUUUGGUGACUUGCAGUACUGGUCAUUGUUAAAGUGUUAACAAAUCAGUGUUAAUGAAGGAUUCUGUGUUGUAGCAUCAUUGUCUAGUGGUGGUGUAGUUAUGAGGAAGGCUUCAUAGUACAAGACAGUUGAGUUGUCAUGUGGAUGAGUUCCAUGAUAUGGCAAGAUAAUGUGAAGUGGUAUGGCUACUAUCAGUCAAAGGUAGGAGAAGUACUAUUAGAGCUGGAAUGCUUCCUUGCUUCCUCAAUCACGUUAAGUGCUAUAUCCCAGGAAAUGUUUGUGUGUGUGUAGUCCAUGCAGUGAGUUUGGGUGAAAUACGCCACACCCAUCUCUUGACGUUAUGCCUUACUUCCAUCAAUCUUUUCAUCAUUUCAUGCUGAGCACAGGCACAAGGAAAUGUUGUAUUACAAUUUUCAAAUGGUAUUGUUGUGCCUGUGGUCAGCAGGAAUGAUGUGAUUGAUGGAAACAUGACGAGAUUAGGUGUGGGGCUUGUUUCCCUUGGGCCCACCAUUUCUAUUAUUGAUGAUAAUAACAGUGAAGCCAUUGGCCACUUACUGUUUGUGGCUAUCACAUUUGUUAUCAACUCCUAACUGGCUUUUACUUGAAUGUUAUGGCUUCCACACAUACCCAAAGAAGUAGUUCCUAUGUUUGCGAAAGGGAAGUAGUGUUGCCCAGCAGGAAGUUAUGCUGGUAUUAAUCAGGCCAUACCAUCCUAUUCUGUGAACCAUACCUCUUAUGCAACCAUUCCAAAAGACCUGUAUCUUGUAGUUCUAAUCCACAUGGCCUUCAUCUCUGCUACAUACCUGAUGCCCUUGACUGCUGAUAACAGGGAGCGAAUCCAGCUGGUCAUUGCUGCUAUACAUGAAACUGGUCCUAAGCCUGACUGUAACUGCAGAGGUGCAUAUAAAAGCCAUAUCCUUGUAUUCAUCAGUAUUCAUGGCACUGGCACCAUAUGAACAUUUAUAUACAAACUGUAGAGGAGUUGGGAAACAAGUCAUGUUUAUAAGAAACUUUAUUGUCUUACUAUACAAAUGUGCUUAGGGAAACUACUCGCCUCUUAUCAUACUUGGAAUUUUCUGAGGGAACCAAUGUUGUUUUUUUCCAAAGUACUUAGUAGAUUAUCAGAAAAACUUCAGAUGCCAAAGUGUAUACUCCUCUCUUUCAACUAAAAUUUACAAUUGGAGUCUAUACAUUUUUAUUAUUUGUUACUUGAGGCUAAUUGGUUGUCUCUGAGCAAGAGGAGUGUGUUCAAAUUUUCAAUAUUACUUGUUCCUGCAAAUAAGACUCUUGUUUCUUUUCACAGAUUUGUUCCAUAGUUAAUGCCCUUUUAUCUUGUGUGCAUUGGUGACAUCCCUCACUAAGGGGGUAUCUUUCUCUCACACACAGACACACAGAUGUUGGGCUGUUACUCCUGUGGUAGUGGUCAGAAAUUCUGGACUUUAUUUAUUUCUUUGUCGGAAGAGCUCUGACAACCGGUUAGCCUUUGUAUUAAGUUAGGUGACCUCCAUUUGUAAGAUUUAAAUGAAGAGAGCAUAAUUUAGCUUAUAAUGUAACUUGAUCACUCAUGUUACCCUGACAAGGUAGCUGUUGGAUCUGAGACUUUGUCCAUGAAGUGUUCUUGUUUAAGGGCUAGUCUUGUUUUUUAUAUAAUGUGAUACAAAUAAAUAUUUACAAGAUAAUGUGAUAUAAAUAAAUAUUUACAUAAUA